AUGUUCUGCUUGGUCGAUGAUCCCUGGAGCCCCUUCACCUCGGGCGAGGUCAACUCCUACGUCCACUGCCUGGACGAUCCCAUCACCCGCCUGGAUCCCAGCGGCUAUUUCAGUCUUUUCGGCAUAGAGUUCGGGUGGAAGGACCUAAUCACGACCAUCGCUGACGUCGCAGGUAGCAUUGCACUCGGGGUUCUCACCGGUGGUGCAAGCCUGGAGGUGCAGGUCGGCGUGGCUGUGGCGGUUGGGGUUGCUGUCGAAGUCACGGCGGGUGCGCUGGGCGACCUGGUGGAAGGCAAUCAAAUCACGUGGGCCAGUAUCAGCGGCGGCGCGCUGAGCGGAGCAAUCGGUGGGCUAGGGGGCAAGUUCGACCGCUGUCUUCAGCGCGAAAAAAAGGCGCUGGGUCGAGCCGGGUCGGCAGCUAUCAUGAAGGCCGCGAAGUCAGGGGGGGAGAAGCUCACGGGGAAGGCAGUGAAGAAGAUAGCUGUCAAGGCCGUCAAGAGAGGGGCGAAGAGCUUUGCACAGCGCAAGGCUAAAGAGGGUGUGAAGAACUUGCUCUCGUCCGGCGAAGACUCCAGUGGGCAGCAUGCAUCGUCGCUGGGUGGAGGUUCGUCUUCCAUGGAGAGCAGGGGCCCCAUCUGGCCGGUUUUCAAGGAUGGCGAGUACAGUUUGGGUAGCCUGGCGAGACAGGCGCCCAGCCUGAGCUUUAUGUCAUCGAGCUACGGGGACGAGUCGGGCGAGAACGAUUCGAUUACCGGAGCAUUGAACCGCGAGUUCAGGUUUCUGUUUGGAUUGACGGUUCGUCGUCGCAGGAUCGGAUCUCCCAGCCCAACAAUGGGCUGUCGGAAUCUUAUGAGCAGAGUGUCAGCAUGCUUGCAUCGGUUAGGAUUGGAACCCGGAAACCUCAUUGGCCUACUUUGGAUGCGCUGCCUGGCUCAGGGGAAUGAUUGUCGUACGGUGACCUACAUAAGAUGAAGUUCAGCUGUGUACUGGGGAGUAGUGCGAGAGUGGUGAAUCCUCUCUUCACCCAGCUCAGUUUCAUGUCACUGAGCCGAUGAACAAGGUGUCU